AUGAAUGUGGAUCUGUUAAAUCGUGACCCAGCUGAAGAGGCCAAAAAACAUAAAUUAAAAAGAUUAAUACCAAGCCCCAAUUCUUAUUUUAUGGAUGUAAAAUGCCCAGGAUGUCUUCAAAUCACCACCUUGUUUAGCCAUGCGCAAAAUGUUGUUUUGUGUGGAAGCUGCAACAUUAUGUUGUGCCAACCGACGGGUGGAAAAUGCAAAUUAACAGAAGGUUGCUCCUUUAGGAAAAAAAUUGAGUAA